CUGCGUCAAUUUUCUGCAACAAGACUGUCACUCUAUUUAUUAUUAUAAUACAAGUCUAAAUAUAAACAGUAGUCACAGCAAUGUCCGAUUCAAAUCAGAGUUCCACUGGUAAAAAUAGAUUGGAUACGCCAGAUUUUCUAGCUUUUAGUGACGCUUCAUGUGUGGGAGAAUUUUCACCGACAGUUAGUAGCAGCCCACAGAAGCAAUGGUAUGGUAAUCAAGCUCAGAAUAUCUCGCCCUAUUACUUCAAUAAUAGACCACACGGCAACCCCCGAUACAGUCCCAACAAUACCCCACCGCAUAAAGUGUUUCAAAGCUUCACGAGGAACCAUCGGAAACCGAACUUUAAAGGAAGCAAUAGCUUCAAUUCUUACUUUCAGAAAUCUACGAACCGUAGUUUCAACAGUGGCAGGAAUGAUUCUUCAAGUAUGUCAAAAUAUAUACAUCCGUCCUUUAUGGAAGAUCCUUGGUUGGAGUUAGAAAAGCAAUUAAAUGCUAGUAAUUCUAACAAUUCCAGUAAGGAGACAACUGAGGAUUACAUUAAUGAAACAGUAGAAGAAGAUAAUGAAGCAGUAGACGACUACAAGGAGACAAGGGAAAACUAUAGUGGUGAAAAAGUGGAAGAUUAAAAACAUAAUAACUGUGAAAUACCUAUAUAAUAUUAUUUGUUAACUCUGUGACAUGUUUAUUCUAGAGACAUUAUCAGGAUUUAUCUUUUUGUAA